AUGGCCACCAAUGUCGUUGGUUCAGGUCUCGCCUCAAUGCUUCGAAAUAGGACUUAUACUUGGAAGAUUGAACUACAUCUUGCUGGACACGGAGCUGAUGCUGCUGGAUACUUGGCUGUUUUUAACUAUUUUCUUACUGUGCAAACCCUACAGACUCUGAAAUCAAUGACUGACUUGGCAUUUGUAGAUUUAGACUCGCUGUCUUUACCAUUGAAUACCCCCGUUUUGUUGAGCUACAGCAUCACUAUGAAAGGCACGGAUUCUGUCCAAGACUACAAGGCCAGUCCGGCAGAUGGUGGAUGUUUGUUUUCUCGUGAAGACGGUCCUAUAUACUUUGAAUGGCUACCUAUAAAGACAGAACAAGCACAACUCCGAAUCGAACUAUUCAAGGCUGCAGACAACUAUGAUUUUCAACCCUUGUGUACAGCACUUGUUGAAGCCAUCGCUUCGCAAGACUUCAAAAUGGAUACUGUCUUGGACAUGCUAUCACUGGGACACACAUAUACUCGUGAUAACUCGGCUUUGAAGACCGCUGCUAUGAGCUAUAUCUUGAAGCCAGAAAACGCAAACGACAUUGUCACAUCGCCCAAGUUUGCAAAAUGGUCUCGGCAGGAGAGCAAUCUUUUCCUCGGUGUUGAAAUCCUUGAAGCAUCGCUCAAGAUCAUUGGGCGAGGAAAAGGAGGCAAAGGUCUCGGAAAGGGUGGUGCCAAACGUCAUCGAAAAAUUCUUCGUGACAACAUUCAAGGAAUCACCAAGCCUGCUAUUCGUCGAUUGGCUCGUCGUGGUGGUGUCAAGCGUAUCUCUGGCUUGAUCUACGAAGAAACUCGUGGUGUCCUCAAAGUCUUCUUGGAGAACGUCAUUCGUGAUGCAGUCACCUACACCGAACACGCUAAGCGUAAGACCGUCACAUCCUUGGACGUCGUCUACGCUCUCAAACGCCAAGGACGUACUCUCUACGGUUUCGGUGGUUAA